AUGGAGGACCGAUCGACUGAGGGGUCCGGCACGCCAUCCCCUCAGCCAGACCUGCACCGUAACCGACUGCCGACUCUGUUCGAGGUGUUGAGCCGCCGUACCCUGCCUCCCGUCGACCUCUUCUCCUUUUACAUUUUCAUGAGAGACCAGCAGAAAUCCGUCGACUACCUGGACUUCUGGCUCGAUGUUGCUCAGCACAUGUCUCUCUGCCGGCAUUAUGUACGCGAACUUCGAAGAUCCGUUCUCGUCGGAACGCCUGAUUUGGACAAGUCGGGUUCGAAGCGGUCUUCCGGCAUCUUGGAGGGCCUCGGGGAUAUGAGCCAUGGCGCCGCUGGUCCAUCGAUGUACGCCUCGGAGAAGGAGAAGAACCAGGACGCUCAGAUGUCCGCCUAUCUGAGAGAGGAGGCUCAUGAGGAUUCUCCCCAGAGCAGCACCGGCGAACAACGCGGUCACGCUAGCGGAGCCUUCAGUACCCCACGCGAUAUGACGACUGACUCCAACUCUCCGGCCCACACCGUCGCCAGACAGGACAUCCGCGCUUCCGCAGAGAAGAUUCUGUACACCUUCCUCCUCCCUGGUGCCGAGCGUGAGAUCAUCCUGCCAGGUUCCAUCACCCAGGACGUCACGACUGCCAUCGAGGAUUUCGGCAGAGACGACCCAGAGGUUUUUGAUGUUGCCAAGGACUACGUCUUCCAGGCGAUGGAGCGCGAUGCGUUUCCCAACUUCCUGAGAAUGAAGGCUCUUGGCAACCUGAUCCCGACCACUCUUCAGAUUCGAAUGAUCAUCGGCCUCCUGUCUAUGUUUGGUGGCUUUUGGGCUGCCUUUAUUCUCAUUUUCCUCGACGCAGCUCGCACUACAAGAUGCUGGCUCAUUCUUCCCUUCACUGUUGGUGUCUACUUCCUUGCCUCUUACCAGUACUCCUUGGAUCCGGUCCUUGCUCUCAUCGGCUUGAGCGAGUACACGCCGUUCAAUUUCUCUCGGAUUCGUGAACCUUACGUUCGUAAGCUCCUCAUCAAAAGGGCCAUCAUGGUCCUCUCGGUCACUCUCUUGAUUGUUACAGCACUUUGUGUGCUCUUCAUCCUUGUCCCAGGCAAACGGCUGUAA